CGGAUCGGACAUUUGGCCCUUCGGUCCACACCCACCCCCUUGAAAUCUGCAUUUUCAAUAUUAUCUUGUCUCCGGUGUACAAGAUAAAAAGCAGCAAAUCACAUUUAUUUUGGCCCCAUGAAUCUGCUGAAUCACAUGCGAGCAAGUUUGAGAUGUUUUAAAGUAAUUCACAUCAUAUAUAAUUGGAUAGUGGGACAAACUAUUUAGUAAUAGAAAAUUCCCACGCCCAACAUGAGAAGGAGAGAUGCCUUCACUUUGUAGUUUGUACUAACAAAGAUGAAAGAGACCCCGCAACCAACUGCACGGCUAGAUGUAUUUAUGCCUAGCUUGCUCCUUGAUAUCUGCUCAUCAGACAUCCACUUGCACUUACUCCUACGACCGGUUUGUAAUAGGCACAAGAUGGCCCAUGUAGCAGAGAAAAAACACGAGCGUAGCUGCCUCGCUGAUGCGCUGCCGGCGACGAACGGUGCUGACAACCUCACUGAGCUCAUCCAGUCGCUGCCCGUCGAGAAGCGGUUACUGCUGCCGCCCGCCGGCUCGCAGAGGCGACAGUACCGUGGGUACUGGUUCCCGGAGUGGCACCUGUCGGCCCUGGCGGCUGUCCGUGACCACUUCGAGCCCAAGCCAACGGACAUCUUCCUGGUGAGCUGCCCCAAGUCCGGCACCACCUGGCUUAAAUCACUGGCCUUCGCCACCGUGCAUCGUGAUGUCCACCCGCCGUCCAGCCGCGAGCACCCUCUCUUGCACAAAAACCCACAUGGCUGCGUCGAAUUCAUCCACGCAAUCUAUCGGCAACCGGUCGACGUUGCGCGGGGCAUCGUCGAGGCGUACCCUUCGCCGCGCAUCUUCGGCACCCACUUCCCCUUGUCCUUGCUGCCGGAGCACAUCAGCGGCGAUGGCAGCGGGUGCCGGAUCGUCUACAUCUGCCGGGACCCCAAGGACGUGGUCGUCUCGUGGUGGUGGUUCAUGCGCACCUACGUCCGAAACCCCGAGCAGCUCCAGUUCGAGGAGGUGUUCGAUUUGUUCUGCGAGGGCCGCACAGGCGCGGGCCCUUAUUGGCGCCACGCCCUCGAGCAUUGGGAGGAGAGCCGGAGAAGGCCUGACAAGGUGCUGUUCCUCAAGUAUGAGGAGCUGCUGCGAGACCCGCAUGGUAAUCUUAGGAGGCUGGCGGAGUUUUUGGGGUGCCCCUUCUCUGAGGCGGAGGAGAAAGCCGGUGUCAUGGAUGCCAUCUUGGAGCUCUGUAGCCUGGACAAGCUAAAGAAGCUGGAGGUGAACCAGAGCGGCAACAAGUUGAAGGACGGACCCGUGAUGAACCAUUCCUUCUUCAGGAAGGGGGUGUCCGGUGACUGGAUCAACACCAUGACGCCGGAGAUGGCGGCACGGCUCGAUGCAAUCGUCCAACAAGCACUGCAAGGCACUGGAUUUGGCUUUGGCAUCUCCACGCAACAGUAAUAUAAUCAAUCAUGUAUUCCUACACCCAGUGGCGAUUCUACCAGGGGGGCUUCAAUAGGCUGAAGCCUACCCUCCAAAAAUCCUAUUUCAACUAAAUAUACUAUACUUGCCAUUUAUACCAAGGUGUUUUACAUCCAAUAAUUACAAUGCAUUACUAAUUAGACCUAGGAACUUGCUUUGAGCCUACCUUUCAUUUCCGUGCUAGAUUCGCCACUGCCUACACCGUAUCUCCUGCAGCUGGUAGCCCUGGAGGAACUGUGAAGGCAUUCUAUACCGUUAUGAUGCAUAUAUCCAAUGUGCCUCAGCUCGGGUGUUUUGUUUUUCCUUUUUGUAUAUAAGCCGAUUCAUCGGUAUCAAUGCUUGGCUUGUUUGGCAUUGUUGUUAAAUAAUCAAUAAUAUAUGUAUCAGUGUGUGCA